CCGGACUGCAACACGGACCAGAGGACGUUCCUUAUCUAGCAUAGUUUACUCAUUAUGCCUCCCCGAGUUCAGCCCAAGACAUACAUUCUACCGCUCAAGACGCACAAGCUCACCGCAUAUCUGACGGCGGGUAUAGGCGACACCAUCAACUCUGUCAAACAAAAGGCGUUGUCUGCACUGACGACAGAGGUCCUCGACACCCCAAACCCGCAUGCCGCGAUGGGUAUGCCCGUGGACGACGAGCCAGAAUGGACUGUGCCCAAGAUCUCAGGGCUGCAGGAUUUCGAGCUGAGCAGGGGCAUCAAGGAGAGGGGCAGGAUAACUGGGAGAUACGAGCUGCUCGAUAGUAGCACGACCGUUAAGAGUGUUCUCGUCAAUUGGGAUACACUCUUCGUGCAGUUUAGAGACGAGAAUGGCGACCUACUACCUGUCAAGGUCUCUCUGCCCCCAUUGGACGAUGACGAAGAAGCGGAACUGGCAGCUGCAAGGAAGGGGAAGCGGAAGGCACACCCAGAAACAUGAAAGUGCGAGUUAUGUCAAGAUCCUCAUGCUGUCGUCUUGCUGUCGCGUAGUUUGUUUCCUCUUGUUGCAUCUGGUUACAAUGGAGAGCCGGUUUCAUUUUUUGUCGCCGCGCUGAGCAGCAUACGAGGAAAGCGUCCGGUAUUAGGAGUAGUAGCGCUUCGCA